GACCCCACCCCCAUUUUUUGGGGUUCCCACCCCUGUCUUUGGACCCCCACCCCCAAUACACGCCGCAGCUGCCGCAGUUCCGCACGCAGUACGUGCGGCGGCGCUCGCAGCUGCUGCGGGAGCGGGCGCAGGGCGGGCACCUGGCGGGCGAGGCGCGGCGCUGGUACCUGCGGCUGCGGGCGCGGCUCCUGGCGCAGCGCUACGGCGCCCUGUCCGAGGCGGGCAGCUGCCGCAGCGCCCUGCGCGCCAGCCGCACCACGCUGGACCGCAUGGAGGUACCUGGGUGCGGAAGUGCGGAAGGGGCAGUUUGCCCCCCCGGGCCCCCGGCCGUGCUGCGGCGGCUCCGCGGCCACGGCGCCGGCGUCUCGGACUUCGCCUGGUCCCUGUCCAACGACGUGCUGGUGUCCGCCUCGCUGGACGGGACCCUGCGCCUCUGGGACCCCGCGGACGGGCGCUGCAUCCGCCGCGUGCCCGACCCCGACGGGGCCGCGCUGCUGUGCUGCGCCUUCCAGCCGCUCAACAACAACCUGACCGUGUGUUUUGGGGGCUUCCUAACUCUGUAUAAUUUUGGGGAGGGGUCUCACCCGCCCCCCUCUCCCCCCCCAGUGCGGAAGGUGCAGUUUGCCCACGACGAGCGGCACCUGCUGGCCUGCUGCUCUCUGGACGGGACGCUGUCCGUGUGCCGCCUGGCCCCCGGGCCCCCGGCCGUGCUGCGGCGGCUCCGCGGCCACGGCGCCGGCGUCUCGGACUUCGCCUGGUCCCUGUCCAACGACGUGCUGGUGUCCGCCUCGCUGGACGGGACCCUGCGCCUCUGGGACCCCGCGGACGGGCGCUGCAUCCGCCGCGUGCCCGACCCCGACGGGGCCGCGCUGCUGUGCUGCGCCUUCCAGCCGCUCAACAACAACCUGACCGUGGUGAGGGAAACCCCAAAACUGGCCUGAAAUACCCCAAAAAACACCCUGA